UGUUGAAAGAGGGGACAUUUAAAUAAAAGAUUUUUUCCUUAGUUUGUAGGCUGUGAUUGUGGCAUGCGCCCAUUUUUGCCUGCCAUACCCAUAGAUUACAGAGAUAUUGUAAAAUAUUUAUGUUUCUAACGGUAAACAUCCUCUGUAACGAAUUUCACACAAACUGCUAACAACAUAAUGACAUAAUGGUUUACCCCUAUAUUGUGUACGCAAAAAUAUGGCGUCUGCUUCCGAAAUGAGUCAAUGAAUCUAGUUCUCGCUUCCUGUAGCUGUUUUCUCCUUCAGCGCAACAUGUUUUUCCUCCGUGGCACUUUGAUAGGAUCAAUGGGAUAAAGAGUCGACUCUAGAACAAAAUCAAAUAUGUUUCAGAGACCGAGAAACUGGAUAAACCAAGCCAUUUGGAAACCUCGGAACCCUCAUUCACUGGAGCAUCUCAAGUUCCUGUAUGGGGUGCUUGCGAAGAAUGCGGUGGUGACGGAACAGAACCGUAGUCUGCUCGUGGAAACUUUACGCUCCAUCUCCGAGAUCCUCAUCUGGGGCGAUCAGAAUGACAGCUCUGUGUUUGAUUUCUUCCUGGAGAAGAACAUGCUCCUGUUUUUCUUGCGGAUCCUUCGUCAGAAGACAGGCCGUUACGUGUGUGUACAGCUGCUCCAGACACUCAACAUCUUAUUUGAAAACAUCCAGAAUGAAACUUCACUAUAUUAUCUCCUGUCCAACAACCAUGUGAACUCCAUCAUCGUGCACAAGUUUGAUUUCUCUGAUGAAGAAGUCCUGGCCUACUACAUCUCCUUCGUCAAGACCUUGUCUCUCAAGCUGAACUCUCAUACUAUUCACUUCUUCUAUAAUGAGCACACCAAUGACUUUCCUCUGUACACAGAAGCCAUCAAGUUCUUUAACCACUCCGAGAGCAUGGUACGGAUAGCAGUGCGCACACUCACACUCAAUGUGUACAAAGUGGAUGACAAGUCCAUGCUCCAGUUUAUCCGAGCCAAGACUGCAGCCCCGUACUUCUCCAACCUGGUGUGGUUCAUAGGGAACCACAUCCUGGAACUGGACAACUGUGUCAAAAAUGAUGCUGACCACCAGAGUCGUGGAAGGCUGGGUGACCUGGUUGCAGAACACCUAGAUCAUCUCCACUAUCUGAACGACAUCCUGUGUCUGAACAUCAAGGACCUUAACGACGUCCUGACGGACCAUCUUCUGAACAGACUCUUCAUCCCGCUCUACGUGUACUCGCUCAGUCACGAUGGCGGGGACGGAAUACGGUAUCAGCAGGAUGGCAGAAGUCGAGUCAGUCCUGUGGUGUCCCUGUUCCUUCUAUCACAGGUAUUCCUGAUAAUACAGCACGCCCCAUUGGUCAACUCCCUGGCGGACUUCAUCUUCAACCAAGGUCCUCAGGCCGAGGCGCUCGAGGAAGAACAGGCGACAAACUCGAACCAGGAUCCCUCAUCAAGUAAUCCCCGGCGUUUCACCCCGCCGGCAGAGACCCUGGAGAAAUCUCUGGAGGCGAGCAUCGGGAAGGGGAAGAAAAAACACAAGAAACAGCCCAGCUCUCGGAACACUGACCAAGCUGAGGAAGAUGGGGAGACAGAGUACACCGAGGGGAACUCCACUUUCUAUAAGGACCCUGCAGAGCUGUCUGACACUGGGGCAGAAGAUUUGUCUGUGCGGAGUGUUAGUACAAGGGAGCGCGCUCGUGGUCCUAUCGUUGGCCCCGGACACUGGUUGAUGGGGCCCAUAGAUGGUCAGGCCCCGUCCGAUUAUACCCUGAUGUAUCCCAGAAGUAGUGAGAGCCAGGGGCCGGCUGUCAGGAGGAGUAAACCUACAGCAGCCAUAUCAGGAGACACUGUUAUGAGCAGUCAGAACAUCACAGACGAGGAGAAGUGUUCCCGCGCCGCGGCCACGGGGGUACGACAAACAGAGUCAACAACGGGGUUCAAGAGGCGGUACCUUGAUGCCAUAUUUGACACCCUGGACUGUGGAAACAAUGACUAUGAAGGACUGUUCUCCCUCUGUCUUCUGUAUGCCAUGGGGAAGAAUGAAGGUAUUCGAGAAGGCCUGAUGGAUGCUGUGGCCAUGCCUUCUGUCCACUCCCCAACUAAACAACACUACAGCUCUCCGCUGCUGGAACGACUCCUCAAGGUCUUAGAGCUCAGCACAAAACAAGUCUCUGCUGUGCGAGUGGCGACCCUGUGGCUGAGCUGUACCCUGGUGAAACAGCUGGUGCUGUCGCGGGACCAGUGUUACCUGCAGGACAGGCAUGUGGCGUACGUGGAGGGGGUCCGAGAGGCCGCCACACUUCUACUCCGCAUGUUCUACAAGGGUGAUGAGAUCUUCUUGGACAUGUUUGAGGACGAAUUUAGUAAAAUGAAGGAGAAGCCCUUAAAUGUCGAGUACUUGACGAUGGACCCGUCAGUGUUACUCCCUCCCACUGGGACUCCGCUCACUGGUAUCGAGUUCGACAAGCGGCUACCCUGCGGGGAGGUCGAGAGGGCCAGGAAGGCUAUGCGUACGUUCUUCCUCCUACGGGACCUGUCCUUGUCACUUCAAAUGAAGGUAGAGGACCAACUACCUCUCACCAAAGACAGCGAGCUCAUCAAGGAAAAUGAGAAACUAGACCUCAACAACAGUGAUCUGAUUGCUUGUACAGUGGUGACAGAAGACAAACAGAGAGUUCGACUCGGAGAUGUUGAAGUGACGGCUGAUAAAGAAGACAGCCGCGCUCUCCACGUACAGAUCCACAAACCGACUUCUUCCGUCAGCGUCCAAGCCAGCCCGUCCUCCUACAAACCGAUGCCCCUCCUGUCCGCCAAGUUCAUAUUUGACGACCACAUCCGCUGCAUGGCGGCCAAACAGAGGAUGACCAAAGGCCGGAGCCGAGCGCGGCAGGCCAAGAUGAGACUGAUCUCCAAACUGCUGGACAUGCCUGCAGCGGUGUCGCCCCCCUCCCCCACUCCUCCUGUACACAGAACCCUCCAGAUGGGAGCCAUGCGCAUGUACACUGCCCACCCCAGCCACCAGGACCCCCCUCCCACCAUGCGCAAGUUUGGGCCCGUCCCCGGUUUUGCACAGCGGCGUGCAUCCUCACACACAUCUCCGUCAGGUCGAAGGUCGGCCAGCCCCAAGGGCAGGUCGAGUCCGAAGGCGCAGAAUAGAUCUUUACAGCACGAGACGUCCGUAGAAGAGGCACGGGAGGCGAUACUUGCGGAGACCGCUGAAGCCAUCCCGUUACAGGAUCUGUCUAAACAGGGUCGGAGUUUCCCUCAGGAGUCUGAUGAGAAGGAACUGUCUUCUACCAACCUCUCCCCGAGCCUCAGGCCCGCUAAAGCACCGCCGGCCUCGCUGCUUCCCCGCCAUGACGACGGCGACCGGCCGAGCUAUCACGAGUCCGUGAAGCUGACACGCCCGGCCGACCCAGACAGGAUCAGGAGCAUCAGCGACACGUCGUCACGCGAGGGUCGGAAGGAAACGAGAAACCCUGAUGCCAACAGGAGGAGGAGUUCUAGCGAUGGCUCAGGGAGUAGGAUCAAACCAACCUGGCACCAUGGAGCACACUGGUACACAGGGGACAAUGAUGACAGUAAUAAUGGGGAUUAAAAGAACAAUAGACUUCACAGUAAGCUAAUGGGAACAGUCAAGAACACCGGGAUACUUACUCAAGGACACAGAAAGUACUGGUGGUACAUCAUAUUAACCUUCACGUUGUAAGCAGAAAAGAUACAGUAAAGCCAUACACAUUCACAUUUAAGAGCUUCCCACGACUUUGCUCUCAGUCUCAACCACUCCCUAAACAAGGGAAGAUCUGGGUUAUAUAUGUAAGUAGCCAGGAAUCCAUCGUAUGUUGCUCCUCUGAUUACAUACAAGCAAAAUAUGACUUUUUCUGACUUUUAAUUUUCACAUUUAUAGUUGGCUAACACAACGCCAACAACUAUCUCCCAAACACACAAUCUUGCUCACAACUAUGGUCUAUGAACUGUCCGGAGGCCAUGCUCAGCUAUGUGUCACAGGCUUAAACCUUCAGAUUUUGGGAAAGAAAAGGGAUCUGUCGUUAAGGUGUUACCCCAAAAAAAUAGCAGACACUGCCAACAAAUAAUAAGCCCAGAUUAUUUUUACGGCAGGCUAUCUUUUCUGCAAAACGCUUACUGGUAAAUUUAAGAAAUUCAUAUUACAUACUAGGACAGAUCUUCACGUUGAAGUUUGGAACUACCUAAGACAUUCUGCGAUGACACAUCAAUGUGCUUCCAUGACUAUAUUGUUAUUAUUAAGACACCUUGUUAGUAUCUUACCCUAAUGUAACCAGGAUGAUAAGAUAAUUGAAUCUGUGAUGUUGUCAAUCAUACACUGAUAUGAUGUUAGUGUGUUUACAUCAGUAAUUGUAGUCCCUUUGAGUGAAUGAUAUGAUAUGUACAUGUGCAAGUUUCCGAAUCGUGUAUAUAACAGUAGUGAAUACUGGGGUACAUUGUACACAAUAUCAGGAUGUUAUGUUGUCAGGCCAUACAUUCUGCAAGGGGGUUGUUUGCAAAGACUUUUUUAAACAUCAUAUCAUGAAACAAUAAUACUAGUACAUAAUUAACGAUUCUAUUGCCAACAAAAGUUAUGUGUAAAGUUUAAUGAAUUUUAUUCAGAAUUGGGCUAAAGGUACCAUUUUGCAAGAAUUUUAGAUGUGUCAUGCAAUGGAAAUAUGACAUUUAAAGCACAUAGACAUUUGUUGCAAAUACAAAAGAUUUAAUGACAUUGAUACUAAUAAAUCAGUUGAUGUACAUGAUUUAAGAUGGCAUAUAUAAAGUGUGCAUGUACAUUUGUAACAUUAGUUCAAAUUACUGGCCAUCAACUUGUUAUUUAUUGAUUCUUUACACUUGUACCCUUUCAUACAUACCCUGUACACUGUCAGUCAUUGUUGAUGUAGGGGAAUUAUUUUAUUGCACACCCAAAGUUAUAAGGUACAUAAUGUAUUAUUUAACAUAACAUCAGAUGAUAGAAGGUUUCUUUUUGCACUAUGUAGACAUUGAAUCAUAAUAGUUAUUACAUAAAACAUGUAAAUAUAUAAUACGACUUCCAUACAUACACACCCACACACUAUCAUAACAGUCAAAACACAUAGUAUUAUGUAGCUUCCAUGUUUACUUUAUAACAAUUGUGUUUUAGUUAAAUGUGUAUAUUACAUGAAUGUACCAGUAGUUUAUACUCAUAGUUAAAUACUAGGCAGCUCAAGUGCCUCAUACCAUACAUGGUUUCCUUUCACACACGGUUUCCUUUUUGAGAACUUUGGUAUAAACCCUUGUACAGAAAACUGCAUACACAGGUAGCUUUUAGCAAAAACUAGAAUGAUGAUUCUGGCAAAAUUUAGAUUAGCACAAAGUAGGAAGAUCUUGAAUAUUGACAGCUGUACAAAUUUGAUAAGUGGUCCCAAGAGACCUUGGAAUAUUAGAAUUUGUUCUACCAAAUUAAACCGUCACAAAGUAUUAUCAAAGAUUUAAAGUUUUCCACAAUAGCAUAGAGAUGGGAACAGUUUCACAGUAUGAACUAAGAAAAAGUUUAUCACGCAUUUUUAUACCAUAUCAAGGUUGAUGUACACUAUGAACAAUCACGUCUUCUUUUGUUAUGAUUAUCAUGUACAGUAUGCCAAGUAAAAUUCAUUUCAUAAACAUUGUAUUUAGGGAUCACCACGGCCAAUUAGACAGUCACAUUAAUAUGCAUGCCUGUGCAAUUCAAAUCGCUAUGUAAUUACUAUUGAUAGUUUAAUCAUGGGUUUGUUAUGACUGAAGAAUACAAAUGUAUAAUUCUAUGAUUGAUGUCCAUGUAUUGCGCACAUUUGAAUGUUCACCUUUGUAACAUUGAACAGUGAUGCUUCAUUCGUGUAUUUCAGUUGUUACUGAGUCAGGGACAUGUUUGUAGGAUGAUAAACCUUGUCAGAAAUGAAAUUCAACAAAGAGUAUGAUGUUCUUAAACACAAGUAUACUUUGAUCUGCAAAUGAUAUAUGUUACUUUGAUAACGUUUGUACCCCAUUCGUGUUGCUAUGAAAUAUUUUCAUUACAUUACUACCACAGUAUAGUAAAUGGAUGUUUGUGUUCUACUGGUCGUUCAAAAUUGCCUCUCUCCCCUAUAGUAUUUCACUGUAAACAUUGGUUUUAAGUCAAUCAUUUGCGCAGCAAGACUACCAAGGUGACUUCAGAUUCUGCUGAAACACCAUCAAAUUGUGAUUAAGACCAAUGCUUCUUUAGAAAUUCAUUAAAACAAUUUGCCAAGAAAGA